GGGAGGACGAGAGACGGGCAAGAGUGGGAGCUCAAUAGAGUUAGAGAAGUGAAAAUUGCAAAGCGUCGGUCAGUAUAAAAGCGAUUAGACCAGCUUCGUUUGCUAACUGGCAGCUGUGGAAGUGAGGAGUCUAUCCUCCCACAGAGACUGGGAGACAGAGGCCCUACCCUUCCUGAAGACUGCCUCUGCAGGGAAUGGCUCUCGGGUCUUUGAGAGAGAUGCUUCUGAGUCUUAAGAAACAUAUUCACAAUUUCAAGCCCUUUGGGAGGUCGGGGGCCUGCCAUCAGCUGUUGGCUAGAACUUUCUCAGCUAGGCAUUUUAAUGGUUGUGUGUCCUAGGGAUCCGCCUAAUAGAAACCGUGAUAGAGUUGGUCACGUCUCUUAGCGCAGGGGUUUGCACGAGUUGUCACGUGCUGACAGUUGCACAGUUCUCAACAGCUGUCAGAAUCACAGUUUCUGAGCAACAUUAAAUACAGAGGAUGGGAACCACGAUGGUGGAGUCUAAAAAUCAUGUCCUAUAAGAACCUCGAAAGAACAAGAGUUUAGCCUGGAAAAGGUAAAGCCUAGGGAGUCUAAGUCUAGAGAUCUGGUUUGCACAGUCUUGGAAAAGGCUGCGUGGCCACAGAAUGAACUCUUAAAGUUGGGAGUGUUGGAGCGAGCGGAGCUGCAAGUAAGCAGCUUAAAGUUCCUGACAACGAAAACAUUCUGUGAUUGUUGCAACCAAGUGAAGACUUUAACGAAGGCGUGCUCCUUAAGUACACAAGCUGCAAGCGAGAGAUCAAAAAGAAUGAGGACCGAGAAAACGGGCUCUGGAUAACUUGGGACGUUUGCUUGGCUCUGAUGCCAAGCCGACGAAGGGUGACGGGGAAAUUAACGCUUGGUUUGGAGCAAAUAGCGGCCUCCGUGCCAAAGUUCAGUGACGAGCGCUCGGCAGAAACACCAGCGAUGGCUUCAGGUACGAGCUAGCCUAGAAGAGAGUGCGGCGCGGGAAGAAGGCAGCGGCCGGGUGAGCGGGUAGUACGGCGCCCUCACCUGCGUGGACACGGGGCUCAGGCGGGGCAAGCUGCUUGCACGCGCCUCCGGCUCCCGGAAGGAGGCGGGGCCGCCUCAAGCGCCGUUCACUUAAAUCUGCGAGCGGGGAUCACGCGUCGCCGAGGUUUCUCAGCCGAGCGCCGAGCGGUCGAUCGCCCUCGCUCCCGCUCCAGCAGUCUGCGCUCCGCUCGCUGGUGGCUCCACCCGCCAUUAUAGACCAGUAAUCCGUUAUGGAGCAUGCUAUUACCCCGUUGGAACCCCUGCUUCCCACUGGGAAUUUGAAAUACUGCCUUGUGAUUCUGAAUCAGCCUUUGGACAAAUGUUUUCGUCAUCUUUGGUGCAAAGCUCUUUUAAGAGCCUGUGCUGAUGGAGGUGCCAACCGCUUAUAUGACGUCACGGAAGGAGAGAGGGAAAGCUUUCUGCCUGAAUUCAUCAGUGGAGACUUUGAUUCUAUUAGGCCUGAAGUUAGAGACUACUACGCUAUUAAGGGAUGUGAAAUUAUUUCAACUCCUGAUCAGUACCAUACUGACUUUACCAAGUGCCUUGAAGUGCUCCAAAAUAAGAUAGAAGAAAAAGGCCUACAGGUAGAUAUGAUUGUGACCCUGGGAGGACUUGCUGGACGUUUUGACCAGAUUAUGGCGUCAGUGAGCACUUUGUUCCAAGCAACUCGAAUCACUCCUUUGCCAAUUAUAAUAAUCCAAGAGGAAUCUCUCAUCUACCUGCUCCAACCGGGAAAGCACAAAUUGCAUGUCGAUACCGGAAUGGAAGGUGAUUGGUGUGGCCUCAUUCCUGUUGGACAGCCAUGCAAUCAGGUUACGACAACAGGCCUAAAGUGGAACGUCACAAAUCAUAGGAUUAGUUUCGGAACACUGGUCAGCACUUCCAAUACCUACGAUGGAUCUGGUGUUGUGACUGUGGAAACAGACCAGCCCCUUCUCUGGACCAUGGCCGUCAAAAACACCCAUGACUGACCUCCGCAGCUGUGCCUCUGACCUCAUUUGCCAACAACUUCAUGCUCCACAAGAACAGUUCACCUUGGUUGGCAGGAAUCUAAACCUGUCCCUGAGAAGCCUGCUAGUUUUAAAUAUGUUAAUGUUUAGAUCAUCCAGGUAACAUUAUGAAUGACAGAUCUCAAUUGUACAAUGACGGGGGGAAAUCAUUAUUUCUUAAGAAAGUAAAUUACACUCAGUUGGAAAACUAAUGUGGAUUAUUCCACUCUAAAAUUCAGGACUGAUCAUUCUUAUGUUAUUAAUCAUUCCAUGUAUCCUAGAAAACUGUUGGUUUUUAUUUUUGCGGUACGCGGGCCUCUCACUGUUGUGGCCUCUCCCGUUGCGGAGCACAGGCUCCGGACGCGCAGGCUCAGCGGCCAUGGCUCACGGGCCCAGCCGCUCUGCGGCACGUGGGAUCCUCCCGGACCAGGGCACGAACGCGCAUCCCCCGCAUCGGCAGGUGGACUCUCAACCACUGCGCCACCAGGGAAGCCCUAGAAAACUGCUUUUAGGUUUGAAUCUGAGAAGGCUCUGUUGAGGCGCCGUGCUGUCCAGCACAUAACCCUCCCCCUGUUCAUCCUUAAUUGCUUAACACCAAAGGCUACUUCUGUCUAAUAAUAUUAGCUCUUUCUGUAUUAUAUGUAUUCCCUUUCACUGAAAAAAGAAUUCCUUCUAGCUUGGGAUGCUAGAACUGCACCAUUUUAUUCUUGCCUUAAUGGUUUUUGGUAUUAUCUUUUCAUAAUAAAUUUAAAAAUGAUUGGCCUGAUUAUUAAAAUUUAAAACAGGUAGAACCUGCCCAGCAGCUUUACAUAGCGCAAAGCCGGUGUUGCCCUAAGGAAAGGGACCAGCAGCUCUCUUCUUUCUGGUGCUACAACAGAGUGACGGUUGCGUUGUAAGUGGAGAGUGAAAGUGGGAUCAGGUGAACUAGCAUGCAGUUGUGCAUAGUCAAUCAUUAGAGAUAAUUAUUCAUAAUUUAUGCAAAUAUAUGUGAAAUUGAAUCCAGAUGUCAAAUAAAAAUAUUUAGU